AUUUGGCCUGCAAGUACAAAUCUAGCUUAUUUAUAUCUAGUGAGAUGAACCUAUUUAGUUUAUUUUAAUUAAUUAGCCCUAAAGUUCAAAGGAUAUUAAGAUUGCACACCAAUCCCAUUUAAAGAUAAAUUUCAGUUAAGAAUUUCACCAAGGUUUUCAGUUCAAGUGAAACUCAUCAAUAAUAUACGUCAUACUUUUUUAAAUUUUUUUUAUUAUUGUAAGUCUUGGAGCUUGCAUAAGACAAAGGAAAAACAUUUCAUACCGAAAUCUCAUCUUUGACAGUACCCCAUAUGUUCUCAAUUUGAUUUCGAGUUGUUUGCUCGCCAAUCCCUCACAGUGAGACCAUGAUCAUUAAAGCAGGUGGCAAGCCUGGCUGGAAAAUGAAAUCCUCUUCAUAGACUGUCGGCAGAGGGAAGCUCUAAGUUGUCCUGGUAAAUGGCUGCCCUGAUGUUCUUGAGAAACUCAUGAAUCAACACCAGCAGAUGACAUUCACUUUCAUCUUAAAAACAUAAAGAGGACUUUGGUCCAUUGAGCAGUCUUUCUCCAUAGUCUGAUGGCUCUUGUUCAGAGGUAGUGAAGUCCCUCACUACUUAAAUGUAUUAACAAUUAUAUAAAAAAUAGUUUGUGCUGUUAAGCAGAUGGUAAAUAUAUAUUUUUUUAUUCUCCAUAAAAUGGAUAUGUUCAGGUACUUUGUAUGCAAAUGAUCACAAAUAGGCAUAAUUGGACCUUGCCCUGAGCACUAGAUGGUAGCAAAGAGGUUCCCAGAAUUCAAAAUAUUAGACUACAAGUAAUGUCUCGGGUAAAGUCUGUUUAUGGAGGCUCUUGAACGCUCCAGCUGCAGUCCAUGAAUUUCCCCCAUAUUUUAAGUAGGGUUUGCUGCACGAUCCUCUCAGGGUUAAGCUUGCUUGUGUGCUUAUUUCAACAAUUUUUUCCUUCCACCUAACUUUCCACCAAUACGAACAGCCACCUCGCUAAGCAAUGACUUUCUGUGUCUUGCCCUCCUUGUGGAGGGUGACUCGGUGCUGGUCAAGAAAGCAUUCCCCAUGUUUGUGUGGGACAUCACAUAAAAUGUCUGUAUUAUAAAUUGUAUGUCUGCACUUCAUUUUCCAUUUCUUUUAGAAAGUGAAAUUUGGGUUUUCAUUAACCUAUACUAUGAGUUUGACUUUUCAUUAGUUGAGAUGCUGCCGAAUGAACCUAUGUGAUGAAAAGCAAGCCUCUGUGACUUGAAACAGAACGUCUUAGCUUCAUGUUGGAAAAGAAAGGAAAGUUCAGCGUUUUACUAAAUUAAAUGAAGAGACUAUCUGGUCAUUAUGAACAUCUGAACAGAAUUCAAGAACCAAUCUUGGCUUCAUACAAACUGAAACUUCAAUCUUCAUAUCCAUUCAGCUCCUGAAAUAUUGACUUUUUUUAAAUGUAUUUUAAGCCGAUUGCUCACCAGUAAACAGCAGGAUGAUGCAAAAAUAAUUUAGAAAUGAUCAGCUGCCCUGUCACACAGGAUGACAGUAACCAAACCUUGUUUUCCAGUGCAGUUUACCAUCAACAGCUCCCUCAUGGGGGCUCCACCUCUCUGCAGUGAAACCCCUAACCCUGCCAGGUGUUUACUAGAAACCUCCAGCCUCCCUUCCUACCAGCUGAAGGAAUGUCACUGAUAUCUUUAAGUGGAUCACAUCUAGAAAUAUGUUGACUCAGAUCCAGGAGGUUCCUGGCUGUUAUGUGUGUUGAUGGAAGCUGUCUAAAGAGGCUUGUGACUGUUUAGUGGGAGGGCUCUGGCUUGGGAACCCACUCAUCUUCCAGAUUUUGUCACAGAUCUUAAAAUAAGUCAGCAGGGAGUAUAAGAAGGCCACGGCGGGGAAGCUGGACCAUCAGAGGAGUGGGUGAUCCAAGCGGGAGAGCCACACUGUAAAAAGGAUUUACCUCAAGUUUUGCAGCGGUUCUUGUGCGACCAGACUCCGGGAUGAAGUACUACGAAUGCCCCGCGUCCCAGACCCUGGGAAUGAAAGCUUACACUCAGAGCUGUGACCUUCCAGUCACCUGCAAGAGCGCAGCCUCUCUGAAGCCAGUCCGGAGUGUCCGCUUCCCCAACGACAUUGUUUUCCAGGACUACGUCAGGCACGGAGAGCUGGAGAGGAUCGGUCGUAUCAUCAGGGCCGGCAGGGUCUCCCUGGACACCAUUUACAACUCUGGAAUGGCAGCCAUCCACGAGGCAGUCCUGACUGGGAAUCUGGAGUGUGUGAAGCUGCUGGUGCACUACGGAGCAGAUAUCCACCAGAGAGACGAGGAGGGCUGGACGUCGCUGCACAUGGCCUGCACAUGUGAGCACCCAGGCCGCUACCUCCUGUCGCUGGGUGCCGACCCCGAACUGGAAAACGACUGCGGCGAGAAGCCUGCUGACCUGAUUGACCCGGAGAACAAGGAGCUGCUGAGGCUUUUUGGGCUGGCAGUCAACGACUGAGAACACGAGAGGUCCCGGAGCUUCAUACCCUUCUGGAAGCCGCUGACUGUUCUUCAUAAGUCCAGGAUCCUGGUUUUUUGGGGGCUACCACAGCUCUGAAUGGUGAUGGAGGCUGGGUGGAUGGAGGGCUGGCGGAGCAGAGAGGCUGCCUUCUGAGUGGACUGAGUGUUUAACUCCAGCAGCACUAACCGCUUUAGAUCUUUUUUUUAUAACUUUGCUUUUUUUAUAGUGUUAAAUGAAUGUACAGGAAUUUCUUUGUGAAAUAAUCAUGUUGCACUUUUUAGUUCCAUUUUUUAAUGUUAAUAAAACCAGUCAGGUUUAUGUUUUUAGCCUUAUCCCAUUAAGUUUGUUGUCUUUUGAUCAUUUUUAAUGAAUUUUACUGUGUAUCAACUUGCCUGUCCAUUUUUUUUACUUGUUUAAAUAAAUGUGUUUUUAUUCAUGA